UUCUGGUGACGGACUAGUGGGAGAAGAGAAGCCUGUUCAUUCGGCAUUGCUUGCUUCAGCUCUACCCAAACGAUACAUGUGGAUUUUUUUCCAGGUUCGAAUUAAGCUUAGCCUAUAGGCCUAUACAUUUGUGUCAAACAUUUAAGAAGAUCAGAAAACGUGUCGUUUUCCUUUGAUGUUCUGCAGUCUUUUACGCACGCAGUUUCCUACGCAAGUAUCCUAGCGUAGACUAGUUGCAUUAAUACAGGCCAACUAUAUUCAUUCAGAUUUUCUUGGAGUAAAUCAACAAUAUAGGCUACACGGACAAGUAUGUGGGGAAUAACGAGGACGCGAUAUGCUGAUUGCAAUGGCUCGGAGGCCAGUGAGGAGACCGGGAUUGUCCUGAAUAUCGGUGGAGUAAUACAGGUGUUAUGUGGGGAUGUGCUGAACCGUUUUCCGGAGACCCGACUAGCGGAACUGUGGAACACCUCCAAGGGGUGUUUGGAGGACUUAUCCUCGCUUUGUGACGACUAUGACUCAGGGAAAGGUGAAUUUUAUUUUGACAGAGACCCGGACGCGUUUAAGUGUAUACUUGAGCUGUAUUACUACGGGGAGAUACAUAUUAAACGGGGCAUCUGUCCAAUUUGUUUCGUAAAGGAGAUGGAGUUCUGGAAAAUCGACUUAUAUUUCCUGGACGAUUGCUGUAAAGGCGACCUACAGGAGGCGGAGGACGAGCUUGCAGAGAUUGCCGAGAAGGUUCAAACUAUUCUGGUCGACCAGGAAGGGGACCCCUCUGCCAGGGGCUGGCAAUGUUUCCAAAUGUGCUUGUGGAAGCUUUUGGAGAAGCCAGAGUCGUCGCUGUCCGCGCGCGUCAUCGCCAUAGUGUCUUUCCUCUUCAUCCUCAUCUCCUCGGUGGUGAUGUGCGUAGGCACCAUCCCUGACCUGCAGGUGGAGGACGCUGAGGGCAAUCACAUGGAACACCCGAUCUUGGAGGCCAUCGAGACCACGUGUAUCGGCUGGUUCACCGUUGAAUACGUCCUGCGCUUGAUAUCGUCCCCGAAUAAAGUGAAAUUCGUCCUGUCCUUCAUGAACAUCAUAGAUUUCAUGGCCAUCAUGCCCUUUUACGUGGUGCUGACUUUAACGUCUCUGGGCACGGCUAUGAUGGAGCUGGCUAACGUGCAGCAGGCGGUGCAGGCGCUGCGCAUAAUGCGCAUUGCGCGCAUCUUCAAGCUGGCGCGCCACUCCUCUGGGCUGCAGACUCUCACCUCGGCCCUGAAAAGCAGCUUCAGUGAGCUGGGGAUGCUGCUCAUGUACAUGGGCGUGGGCGUCUUCUUGUUCUCGGCACUGGCCUACACCUUGGAGCAGAGCCACCCGGAGACCAUGUUCACCAGCAUCCCGCAGUCCUUUUGGUGGGCCGUCAUCACCAUGACCACCGUGGGCUAUGGAGACAUCUACCCCAAGACCACGCUGGGUCGGUGCAACGCGGCCGUCAGCUUCCUCUGCGGGGUGAUUGCCAUCGCGCUGCCCAUACACCCUAUCAUCAACAACUUCGUCAUAUUCUACAAUAAGCAGCAGGUGCUGGAGACCGCGGCCAAACACGAGAUCGAACUGAUGGCGCUGCGUUCCAGCGAGGCAUGUGCAGAGGAGAGCGGGCCCCACAUACAGCGCAGAUCAGUCGGUGUCGCGGCCGGAGUGUGGGACAAUGCCAUACGCUCCUGUCACAGUGACACCUACAUUCCCCUGCUGAAAGACCCCAGAGCAGGAGUACAAACCCCAAGCUUGGACAGAAGCUUUGACAGUUCAUAG